AUGGUAAGUUUUAAAUAUUAUUGUAUUAAUUAACAUUCGACACUGAUAAUAUUUCGCGUUAUUAUUAUAAUUUCUCGUUUUUAAGAAAACACGAUUUCUACACCGAUAUUAUUUUGAUGGGAGGGGAAGGGGGGGGGGUCUAAAAUUAUAUAACGAUGUAAAUUACUUUAUUGGUGGUAUUUUUUGAUAAACCUCUUAAAUAAAAUACACUAUUGUGGGUACAAAUGAUUAACUGUAACUUGUUAUAUCUACAUUAUAAAUUUUUAACUGAUUAAUUAUAUUUUUCUUUCAAUAUUUAACGGUGAAAAAAAUAAAUAUAUUGGUAUAACUGUAUAAUUAAUCAAGUUAUUUGGGGGAUUGAGCAGCUAUUUUAGGGCGCCUAGUAUCACUAAGUCCGCCCUAAUCGCGUCCACGGAUCUAGCGUACAAUAUUCGACGAUAAAAUUUGAAGAACACAAAUUUAUCCUGGGAAUUAAUUUAGUCAAAUAAUAAUUUAUCAAAAAAAAACCUACGGCUUCUUUUAAUUGUAAGAAAAGUUCGUUUUUUUUUUUUUUUAAUCUUGAAUACAUACAUUGAUACAUACACAUAUAGGUGGAGCUAAACUUUAGAUUUAAGGUGUGCUCCUAAGCUAACAAUAAACUACUUCUUAACUACCUAUAAUAUAGAAGAUUUAUUUUAAGGAUCGAUUAAGCGCAGCUUGUUAGGAUAAACAACUAUAUAAAUACUGCGAUUACAAUAUUUGAAAAAAGUUUAUAAUUUUAGUUCAUUAUUUUUACGAAAUGUAGUCAAUACACGUGAUAACUGUAGACAAGUUUUUAUCAUUAUUCUUAGAUUCUGAGUGUUCUUAGCGGAGAAUGUAUUGGCUUUACUAAGAUGUUUAUUGUUUUAAUUUUUAAUUUUUUUUUUUCUUAUGUGAAUACUUUUCUACCAGAAAGCUUAUUCCGAUGUACAUGAUGAAGAUUUUUUUAAGAGAAAAUUUUCUUGGAGUGGUACUUUAGGAAAGUGAUUGUUCGAUUUUCUCAGUAGUUUUCUCAUCAAAUGUGAAAAAAACGGGAAAUAUAUGAAAUAUAUUAGUAAAAUAUUACGAUAUUUGUUUUCUGCGUACAACUUAUCUACCAGCAAUUUUGCUCCGAUUUGCAGUGAUAGCACUUUUUCUGAAAGAAAAUCUGACUGGGAAGGUACUUUUAGGAGGUCAUUUUUCGAUUUCCCAUAGAAUUUUCCCAUUAAUUGAGAAAAACCAUGAAAAAAAAAAUGAGAAAAAGUAGGAAAAACAGGAAAAUAGGUUGAUACAAUAUUAAACAAAUAUUAUUAAAAAAAAUGUUUAAUGCAUAUUUAAUUAUUUUAUGACAUAUAUAUCGUUGACAAAGCAGCACUAUCAACCGAGCGCCGGAAUCGUUUUUUCGUUAGCAAUGGUUUAUCGCGUGAUAUCAUCGUAAUGGUAUCCACGUGUGAACUAUGUCCGUCUUCUUUUUUUUUUUUUUUUUGUAUAUGGCUGGGCAUUAAUUUAUAAAUAUGCACAAAAAAUGAAAACUGAGUUUUCUUCAAUCAAAGCAUAACCUGCAUACCCGUAGCCGGUGUUGAAUCCAGGCAUACCACAACGGACGAUAGCCUCCCCUGGAAAUUUUGUUUGCCUUCCCCCCCCCUGUUAAAUGUGGGUAAAUUAAUAACUAAUAUUAAAUAAUAAGACGCGGUCUUUAGUUUCCACAAUGAGUAUGAAUACCGAAACGACACUGAACAUCUUUUUUCCCCGUUUCACGGGAACAAAAAUGACACCAUCCGUGAUUGCGCGUCAAAGACUCGGGACCGUUUUGAAACCGGCGAGUAUAAGUGUAAGUUACAUGCGAGUCGAGACGCGUUGGCUUUUAUUUAUUUCUUCGAUAAAAUCCCACAAACAUCGACAGUGCGCUACUUAACGUCUGUUUGCACGCAACAGUGACGCGACAACGCCCCGCGAACGUUCUGCGGGAUUCCGAUGCCGGUGUGCACCGGGUCACCGGUGUUUCGUCCGACCGGGCGGGUACUUGGGCACCGUGGCUGAAAUCGGGCAAAGUCAAUGCUACUAACUAAAAACCACGGCCGCGAAACGAGAAAUAAUAUCGUCCGCGAGAAAUCUCGUUGUCGCGGCACCGGCGUCGGUGUACGGUCACGCGCCGGACCAGCGAAAACGCCGACAAGUCCAUCUUUCCGUUUAAGAGCGCGGUUGACCCCGCCGGCGGAAUUCCGGAACGGUCGCGUCGCUCGUACGAAAUGUAAACGGGUAAUUUUUUUUUGCUCCCAUUGUUUACGCGAACCGUUCGGACGCAGGGGCUGCUGUCGAUGCUGAAACGGUUGCGGUCGUCGCCGGACAAGGAGCUGCGGAUCCUGUUGCUGGGCCUGGACAACGCGGGCAAGACGACCCUGAUGAAGAAACUGGCCUCGGAGGACGUGUCGCACAUCACGCCCACGCAGGGGUUCAACAUCAAGUCCGUGCAGGCGGACGGCAUGAAGCUCAACGUCUGGGACAUCGGCGGCCAGCGAAAGAUCAGGCCGUACUGGCGCAACUAUUUCGAGUUCACCGACAUACUGGUGAGUGGACAAAAUCGGUCACGGUCGGACUUUUUAGUCUUUUUUUUUUUUUUUGAUUUUCUCGUGAGUUUUUCCUAUUAAUGGGAAAAAACGUAGAAAAAAUGGGAAAACGCACGUAAUAUAUUAUUUGAAAAUCAUAUACCUAUACAAUAAUAUUACACCCUCUUUUUUUUUUUUCUGCGAAGAACAACUUUUCUACCAGCAAUUUUGUUCCGGUUUUCAACUACAGCACUUUUUCUUAAUAGAAAUUUGAAUGGGGCGCUACUUUAGGGAAGUUAUUUUUCAAGUUUCCCAAGGGUUUCCUCAUCAAAUGUGGAAAACCGGGAAAAAAACAUAUUAUAUAAUUAAAGAAAAUAUAAAUAUUGCAUGUAUUUCACCAUAAUAUGACAUAUUAUAUAUUGUUGACAAAGCAACAUUAUUGACCGGACUUCGCUCAGAAUCGUUUUUCGUAUAUAAUGGUUAUUCUUUGCGUACAGAUACACAUUGAGUUUCCCUUCUACCUUCUCAACAUCUCGCCUACAACAGUGGCCCACCAAUCGUACUUAGUAUGUCUGAACCAUUUUCUUUUCUUUCAACUUUCGUUACACUUUACACUAUGGUAUACUGUUGAAAAACCGUAUACGACUAACGAUUUAUUAAAUUUAGUUGCUUUACAAUUCUUGUCGAUUAUUUUUGCUGUACAGAUUUACGUGGUGGACAGCGCGGACAGAAAACGGGUGGACGAAACGGGAUUCGAAUUGAACGAACUGCUCAACGACGAUAAACUCGAAGGAGUGCCAGUGCUCGUUUACGCUAACAAACAAGACUUGGCCCUGGCCGCUCAAGCGUCGGAAAUAGCGCAGGAGCUCAACUUGCAUCUGAUUCGCGACAGGCCGUGGCAGAUACAGGCUUGUUCGGGUAUACGCGGAGAAGGCAUUAAAGUAAGCGUUUCAUCGUAUUAUAUACGAGAUGAGAUAUUUAAUCGAAUAAAUUUUUUUUAUUAUUUUGCCACAAAAAAAAAAAAAAAUAUAUAAUGGUACGUUAACUACACACGAACAUAUCAUAGCUCUUUAGCAAAACGCGGAGGAGGAAACAGGAUAAAAUGAUGUUUCAAUAAGUACAAUAAUAAUAAUAAUAUGUAAUAUGUAUUUUUAUAAAAAUUACAAAAAAAAAAAAAAAAAAAAAAAAAAAAAAAUAGUAAUAAUAAUAAAAAAAAAAAAAUGUAUACACAUAAUGAUAUAUUAAUAUUAAAUCGAAAAUAAAUUGUAAUAUCACACUUCGAUUAUCGUGCGUUAUAGUAAUACGUAUAAUGAUAUAUUAUUUAAAGAGUAAAGUACAAUAAUAUAUAGGUAUACAUUAAGGUACAUCUAUAGCUAGCUAAAGUCAUUUUAAAACCGUACAUUUAAAUAAAUAAAUAAAUAAAUAAUAAAAAAAAAUAAUAUCAUACAUUGCGACAGGCUUAUAGAUAUAUUAUAAUAUAAUACGUAUACAAUUUAAACGAUUUAUUAAUAUUACCAAACAUUUUUUUUUUUUUCUUUCUUUCACUCAGGAAGGACUGGAAUGGAUCGGUCAAAAUGUAAAAAAGAAGUAACGCGUUAUCCAUGUAAAAAUCGUUGUAUACAAGAACGUCUUUGCGCCAAUCGCCAUACAUAGUCGGUUUCAGUGGUAUAUGUAAAAAUUAGUAAAAUCGUUUUUUUUUUUUUUUUUUU